GGCAUUAACUUCGUUGCACAAACAACCAAACAAUUGAGCCAGUCGUAAAAUUGCGAUCAGUAAGGUAUCCGUUUCAAUCGCUUCUUCUUCUUCCUUCGAAACCCUAGAAAACACAAAUCCUCUCUAUCACAAUCUCAAAACCCUAGAAAUUUCAUCUCCUCCCAAAUCAAAAAUCCCCAAACUCAACCAUUGCCAUGAACCUUCCAUCCACAAAACCCUCUCUUUCAGACUCACCCACUCCAACCCCUCUCAACAUCUUCCCCUUCGUCAAAGGCGAAUGCGGCAACUGCGGUGUCAAAGAACGCUGGCUUCUCCACAACGUCGUUGUUCGCGGCGUCGAUCGCCGAAUUUGCACCUCCUGUGUCCUCCGUCUCCAUCCAUCGUCUUUCUGCCCCUGUUGCUUCGAAUUCUAUGAACACCCCGUUUCCAUUACUUCCUCUUCCUCUGCGCACCGUUUCGUCUCGUGCGUCAAAUGCUCUUCCCUUUCCCAUAUUCACUGUCUAUCUUCUCCUCCUCCUUUGCCUUCGCCCUAUCUCUGCCCUCCGUGCUCCAAACCCAACUUCACCUUCUUCCCUGUUCCCGAAGAAAUUGUUGAGGUGAAUCUCGCCAAGGUUUUCGUUUGUGCCUCGAAGAUCGCCUUAGCUUCCAUGAAAAAGCAACACACUAUGUCCAAUGUUAGGUGUGAAAGGGCUGUUAAGGAGGCUUCCAUGGCGAGGAAGAGGACUAAGGAAUCCAUAGAGCAAUGCUUUACGAUUCAAAGGCAUAAGGAUUCGCCUGAGUUAGAGAAUACCAUCAAGAGUGUCAGUAAAAAAGAAGACUUGGUUGGUUAUGGUGGAGUAUAUCCACAGUCUCCAAAUGGUCCUCUGAAUAACAAAAUUGGGACAAAUGGGAUUGGGAGUCCUGCUAUUAUGAACAAAAUUGGGGCCAAUGGAAAUGAUGGGAGAAUAGGGAAUAAUGGUGGAAGAUUUGGUGCUUCUGCUUUCAAAGCUUCAGCUUAACAUUUGCUACUGUCUGUGGCAACAAUUCAGAUUUAUUAAGAUAGACAGAGGGCAUGGUUGUUUCUAGAGUUGGCGCUGCUGUGAAAUUCUGAGUAAGAGUGCACAUUUGAUCUUUUUCCUAGUUUAUACAUGAGGCGUUUCGAGUAUCGAUUCCAUUCCCUUGUAAAGCCUCCGACCUAAUGUGAUUAUGCAAUUUUAUGUACUUUAAAUGCCUGGCUGUAAUUAGGUUUGAGCUUCUUUUUGUUCUUCUGUGUUAGAGUAUCAGAUGUUAGUCCAUUUUUAUACUUCUCCAUGUUCAUUUUCUUUGACUACAAGGUGUCAAAUAAGACUCUGGUUAUUGUGAUUUGAAUGGUUAUUGUGAUUUGAAUAACCGUAAUCGCAGUGAUUUUAGUUUUCAUUUUUA